AGGGGGGCAAAAACCGUGAGGGAGCAAAUGAGAGAGAGAUAUAAAAAUCUGUUCCUUACUCGCAGCCUGGUAGCUCUGAGGGACACAGCAUCUCUGCAGAAGUAUUUUUUUUAUUUAUUUUUUUAUUUUCACAUCUACCCAUUUGAUAUUUACGGCCGAGAUGGUGCCUGAAGGACUUAUAAAUCCCACAGAUGCUGAAGGGGCUUCUCUAUCUCUUGCCGAGAGACUGUGCCAGGAUUUUGAAUGUCUCAAACUUUGUGGGCAGGAGGGCGAGGAUGAGAAGCAGAUCCUGCAAAGCCUCAAUGUGGUCCUGCUGGCACUUGAUGAAGACAUGCAGAGAUCAGCAAAACUGCUAACAGAUUGUGAAGUAUUACCAGCAUUAGCCAGAAUACUGAAAACCACCCCAACUUGUGCAGAAAAAGCGGCAUACGUGCUAGCCGAGCUGGCAAAGAAUGAAGAAACCAGGAAACCAUGUAUUGACGCAGGUCUGGUGAUGGCCUUGGUACCCUUUCUACAGAGCUCUGAUCAGGAGAUGCUUCUUCAUGCUGGCAGAGCCAUCGGUCGCAUCUGUUAUGACAACAAUGAGCUACAAGAGCAACUGGUCGAGCUUGGUGUACUGACUUCCUUGGUCAGAAUAUUAACUGAUUUCCCAGAUAACGAUGCGCUGGUGCGAGUGUGUCUCUUGGCCUUGUCCAAUCUGGCAGAUCUAGAAAGUGCCAAGGAAGCUUUAAGUAAAACCAUGGUGGUUGAGCAGCUGGUAAAGCAGCUGAAGAGAGCAGAAAACCAUGAAAGAGUUGAGAUUAUCAUUGAGGUCCUCCAGAUGCUGGCAGAGAAUGAUCCUCUUAAAUUACAAUUAGUAGAUGCCUCUGUUCAGGAGAUACUGUGCGACAUCCUUCAAAAACUACAUGACAGCUCGCAGACAGAAGACAUGUGCACACUGAAGUCAUCCUCAGACCUUAUUGUGUCAUUGCUUCUUGGUGAUGAGUCGAUGCAAAAACUAUUUGACAAUGGCUGCGGUGUUGUCUACGAAAAUAUUCCUUUUUGGCUGACCUCUCGGCACACCCUACUUCAGAUGACUGGAGCACUAGCCAUUGCUAACUUUGCAAGAAAUGACACUAACUGUGUGCGGAUGGUACAGCUGGGGGUAGUCCACAAACUUUUAGACCUGUUGGAAGAACAUGUUGAGAAUGGAGAUGUUGCAGUACAACAUGCAGCUCUCAGUGCACUACGCAAUCUUGCCAUACCAGUGAUGAACAAAGUGAAAAUGCUGGAGGAAGGGGUGGCAGACAGAAUUCAGAUGCUGCUGAGAUCAGAGAUGCCGCCGGUUCAGUUCAAGCUCCUGGGGACUUUAAGAAUGCUGACUGAUGGCCAAGCGGACACGGCUAGGAUUCUGGGUCAGGAUUCCAAGCUAUUGGACAGACUGGUGCAGUGGUGUGAAGCUAAGGACCACGUUGGUGUACGAGGAGAAGCAAAUCGUCUCUUGGCAUCACUCUUACGACACAGCAAGUCUCAAGAAGUCGUGAAGGCUAUUCAGAAGGCCAAAGGAGUGAAGCAUCUGGUAUCAAUGACAACUAGCGAGCAUGCAAUAAUGCAAAAUGAAGCACUUAUCGCUUUGGCCAUCGCCUCAGCAAUCAACCUUGACAUAUUACAAGAAGUCUUUAAAGAGUCUGAAUUGGUGUUGAUCUUGCACAAAGUGCUGCAGGACGAGUCUAUGGGACCAGAGGUGAAAUACAAUUCAAUGGGCCUAUUGUGCAGCCUCCUAGACUCAGAUGAUUUGCAGAAGGAAAUGGAAGUGGUCAACCUGAAGGAGACUUUGGAGAAGCUUCGUGGGCACAGCAACAGCAAUGUAGUGAAACAAGCCAACAACGUCCUGCAGAUAAUGGCAAACUCUAGCCAGAACAGUGACCACUUCUUUGGAUAAUUCUAAACUUCUUUGAUUAAAUGAAUGCCCUUAUACACAUCUAAAACAUAGUACUGUGUGCUCCAAUAUCCCAGCAUCCUCCCCUGCAACCUCCUGCCUAGGGAUUGUCUAUGCUCAUUCAGCUAUAAGCCAUCUUUGAACAAGAUACAUUGUGAUGUGAUUACAUUUGUGACAUAUAUUAUCAGAACAGACAUACAGUACUGUAUUUGAAUUAGUAUCCCAAUGUAAAUGGGCUAGAGCUACCUACAGUAUAAUAGGAUAAAAGUAUUUAUUAGGAAACUGUGUCUAAUAGGAUACUACAUUAUAUAGUGUCAUUUAUUUCAAAGUCUAGUAAGAUAAAAGUACAUAUUUAAGUCUUCCUUCUCUGGGCACAAGAGCCAAGAUAAAGUGGCUGUAUCAGAGAGCCUUCAUUUGUCCAUUUAUUUUUAUUUAUUCAACAUACCAUAAUCCACAGUCCUCAGUUAAAUUGAGGACAAUUAUCAGAACACAAAGUUCACUUAAAUAUCAUAUUUUUGCUGAUACAUGACCUUCGCUGGCAACGCCAGUAAUCAAAAGCACAAUGGUGUUAAAAUGGUGCUUUAGAAGGCAAUGUGUUUUAUAAUAUACGGGGCGUGAUGCAUCAAAGGAAAUAUUGCAGUCAGACCUCUGUUAAUGGGGUUUUUGGAGGCUUGGCCGCAUUUCGCAUAUACCCAAAGCUCUGGAUUGCGAUACAUUCCGAAGCUUGGACCCAGUAGGCAAUGCCAUCUGUUGCCUAAUAGAAGCCUAUGGGCUUCUUUUGUAAUGUGCACUGAGAGGGAUCCAUUUGGAUCUGACCCUUGCGACACACACGGCAUCCGACGCAAGCGCAGAAUGACUCCUAGGUCACAAUCUCGGAUGUCUCCACACUGCAAAAGGACAGCUCCUAAUGGGAGAGUUGUCCUUUCCUUAAAUCUUCAUGCAUAUAGUGUUCAUUAAAGACGCUAUGCAUGCGAUCAGUGGCAGGAAGCAUCACAUUGAAAAUGCGAUGAUUGGAUGCAUUCCACCCAUGGUCAAUUUACAUUUGAUUUUUUAUAAAAUAUGUGCAUUUAUUGAAAAAACAACAAAUAUUUUCAUUGAAAGGAAUAAGUAGCGUAAGAGUGCAAUACACAGUCAUUUGACCACCCAGCUGAUAGCAAUUAAAUCAAAAGCCUACAAUAUUAUUAUUAUUAGUAUUACACUCUACAUAUUGUAGAGAUGGGUAACAAUGUCAGUAUUUUGGAUUUAAUAAAACAAAUGGCUUUUGAAGUUGUAUUAUGAUGUGAUUACAGGAUGUUUUGUAUACAGACCCUGUAUUUUUACCAAUGGUGGCAACCCAACAAUUUAAAGAUUAAAAUACUAUAGGGACAAAUCUUAAGUUCUGUCAAAUUGAACCAUAUCUGAUUCAUAUCUCAUUACAGAGUGCUCUGCUGCUCCAUAUAAUGAGCGCCUUCUUCAGGAGUUGAGAACGUACACAGAUCCCUGUGUGAUGUCAGACAUUGACCUGUAGGGCAUAUGCUCGCAUCAUGACCCUAACUUUUCUAUUUAUAUUUGUGUAAUCUUUAACGGAAACCCCACAUAACAAUAAGUUGCACUUAGAAACAAACAAAUUGUGCUACAAAAGCCAUGCUCAAGACAACAUGUUACAAAAAAAGACACCUUUAUUUAUAAAAUAAUUUUCUAGAUCACUCAAGGCUUUACAUGUAUAUCAUAUUUUACCAAGGCAGUGCAAAGCUAUACAUGAACUAAUCUAGAGAAAAGGUUAGUAUGAUAGGGACAGAAAGGAACACAAACACUGCUGACAGGUUGCUGUGGAGUGUCUAAUGUUAAUCUUACAUUUCUAUUUAGCUGUACAGUAUGUGGCCUCAUACAAAAUGAUGAAAACUAUUUGAUUUAGCAGGCCACAUGAUGACCGCCCAGUGUGGGAUCAGCCAUCAGCUGCCAGGCAGUAGCAUGGAAUAGCAUGGUAGUGUGCCUAAUUCCCAUUACAAUCCAACUGCAUGGCAUAUAAUGUCAUCUGUCACUGUCACAUUUGCUCAUGGUAGGCUGAACAAUCAGAUUUCAAUAUGUGUGUGGUUAAUAUUCCAGUUUUAAUUGCAAUUGAUAUGGCGACAACAAUUAAAUGUAACUACUGUAGAUUCUGCA